UUAAAAAUGUCAGGACGUGGUAAAGGUGGAAAAGUUAAAGGAAAAGCAAAAUCUCGUUUUAAUCGUGCUGGAUUACAAUUUCCAGUUGGUCGUAUCCAUCGUUUAUUAAGAAAAGGUAAUUAUGCCGAACGUGUUGGCGCUGGAGCUCCUGUUUAUUUAGCAGCUGUAAUGGAAUAUUUAGCUGCUGAAGUUCUUGAAUUGGCUGGUAAUGCUGCAAGAGAUAAUAAAAAAACCAGAAUUAUUCCAAGACAUCUUCAAUUAGCCAUCCGAAACGAUGAGGAAUUGAACAAAUUGUUGUCGGGUGUUACAAUUGCUCAAGGUGGUGUAUUACCAAACAUUCAAGCUGUAUUAUUACCAAAGAAAACUGAAAAGAAAGCCUAAAUAACCUCAACGAAAUUAACAAUUUUACUAUUUAAAACUAAAA